ACAAGCCCACGCAAACACACCGUGUUUUCAGUUGCUGAUGCUCACAUUGAAACGAAAUGUUGUGUUCUUAGUUUAGCGGUGAAAUAGUGAUAACAUUGUUGGGUCCGUGUGGGAAUAGACAUAAAUUAGAAAAGGUGGCAAUAAUUGCCACAUAAAAUAUAUAAGAUAGAUAAUAAUCUAUGGAUGUGCACCGACAAAUAUUUUAUACUUCCAAAAACUGUUCAUAAUUUUCUUAAUUAAACAUACUAAACCCCAAUUGUUACCAGAUAAAAAGAAAAGCCGCGAAAACUUUUCAAUGGGACGAUUUGAGAAGAGCUCGUGAACCGGGUGGAUAUCCUUGGCCCGUCUAUUCAAAACAUCACUAACCAGAAAGAACCGAGAUCGUUGCUGAAGAUAUUACCAAAGAAAAACAUAAUGUCUCGCGAAAUAUCGAGAUCACGAACACGUUCGCCUGUUGAUGGGGAUAUUCAAAGAAUUUUAAAUCUUGAUUCCUCCCCAGGAAGCAGUCGGAAACAUGGUGGGGAAGGUGAUGACGAAGGUAUACAUGUACCCAAUUUUUCAAAAGAAGUUUCAUUGGACUCUGAGGAAGAUGUCAUAAACCAAGCUGUUCAAGCAUACAUGAUUAGUCGACCUGAAAGUCAGGCAAGUUCACAUUUAGCAACGCCAGUAGAUGUACCCAAAAACGUUUCACCAAAAAGUAUAUUAAAGCGUCGCGUACCAGAACAAACCUAUAUUGGUAUCUCGGAAACUCGAGAAAAAACUAAAUGUUGUCAUCCUUUAGUGAAUAAAAUAAAACACUUAGCAGACAAAACCCUUCAAAAGUUAGAAAGAAAUGAAACCGAAAAGUCACCCAUUGCUAAGCGAAAGAAAAAUGACGAUUCGCAAGAGAUAAGGCAGUUAAAAUCAUCACCAGGCGCUGUGAGAAGACAAAAGUUCAGUGCAAUAAAAUUAGGAGAUUCUGACGAAAUGAGUAAAACAUUGAGCAUAGAUACACCACCUCCAAGAAAAAAAAGAGAACAUAUAUAUGAGGAUAUAGAAGAGUCCAGAUCUCAGGACACCGAAAAAUCUCUUCAUUUUUCACCUGAAGUGGAGAAGCAGGAAAAUAAAUCAGAAGAAGAAAUAGGAAGUAAUAGUAACAAGGAAAAUGAAAGUCUUUCAGAAAGAAAAUCUAUUACAUCCCAUGAUCCGAGCCUAGUAGCCGAGGAGACUUCACUGAAAUCUGAGGAUCAUAUUAUGGAAAAAUUACACAAAAAUAGUGAUAUUAACAAAGAAGCAAUAUUGUUAGAUGACGAAAUGGACCCGGACGAACCCAACGUAGAUGAAAUAUUUCAAAAUCAAUUGGAUGAGGCAAGACCUAAAAAUGACUCACCAAAUAUAACCAUCACAGAAAUCAUAGACGAAGACAUUGAAGUUACCAUUGAACAAACCACUACUAUUCCCAUAGAAUCAUCUCCUACCCCAAGUCCGCGAGAUAAUAGAGAAAAACCUUCCGAAAAAGAAUGGUCUAAACCCAGCAGUGAUCACGAAUAUGAAAUCAUCGAAAAGCCACCUCCCAAUAUUAUAUAUACAGCACCAAGCGUAGAUGAAAAACCAAAGAUGAUAAAAACUGACGACGAAUUGUCUAGUACAACAUCAUUAGAACGAAAAUAUUUACAACAUACCUCGGAUGAGGAUGAGCAAAUGGAUGAAAAAGAAAAUUUUCCAGAUGAGAAUAUUGAUGGUAUUGUUAAUGCCGAAACUUUACAAAAAGAUAUUGAGGAUCGUUAUUUUGCAAAUACUCCAUCUUCGGUCUCAAGAACUGAAUGUGAAAUAAGCACAAGUCAAGUAGAUUCGUCAGCAUUAGAAAAUCUACCCUUAAAACGUGAUAGCCGGUCAAAAAAAGAAAAUAUUGAUAAUAGAAUGCAGCAACGCAUCAAAGCAGGAACGAGUAAAAUAAAAUCUCAAGCUGGUAAAAUAAAAACGAAAUUACAAAAUAUAAAAACACCCAAGUUUAUAAUGCCCGAGAGACCGAAGUUUACGAUGCCAGAGAGGCCCAAAAUUAAUUUUCCUGAGCGACCAAAAUUUAAAAUGCCAGAACGAUCUAAAAUUUCUUUACCAGAGAGACCAAAAUUUACAUUACCUGAACGACCUAAAUUUACUUUGCCAGAUAGAAGAAAGUUUAGCUUACCCGAUAGACCGAAAUUAAGAAAAAUUAACAUUACUGAGAAGUUGAACCUCGGUGAUAGAAAAAAAUUUUCUUUUCCGGAAAGAUCCAAGUUCAAUGUUCCAGAAUUUCCCAAAUUUAAGAUGCCUGAAAGACCGAAGAUAAAUUUUCCAAGUCUAGGUCGAAAAAAAGAAUAUAAAGUUGAAAAUGAUGUAACAGAAACAAGUGAUGAUUUUCAUAAUGUAGCCACCGUUGACUUUGAAGCUAAAACAUACCCCAGACUAUUUAAUAGGAAAAAGAAAUCAGAAUUACAAAAAACAUCAUCUUCGCCUACAUUAAAUAGAGAAGACACUCCUCCUGCAACUUUUACUUUUACACGAGUUAACAAACCCAAGGAUGGUACCACUUAUAUUCCAGAUAGCCCAGAGCAACCUAGAGAAUAUGGUAAUGUCGAUAAUGAUGUUAAUUUUGAAACUGAAGUUGAACCUCAAAGAGAUUAUGAAAUCGACUAUAGUUUUAACAAAGAAGAUUCCAAAUAUCUUCAAAAUGAACCUGAAUCUUACAACGAUAACCAUAAUGGAUCAAUAUCUGAUUUUUCACCGUCUAACCAAGAAUACACACAUGUUAUUAACGAAAUUGAUAACGACGAAUUUUUUGUACGACCGAGAGGAAUUUCUCGUGAAAAUAUUCAAGUGAGAGAAUAUUUGAGCGAUGAAAUACGACAAGCUUUUAAAAUCCCUAAGAAUGUUCUCGCCAUGAUGGGGAGCAAUACGGGGGUUAACGAUGAAAAUAUGUAUAUUAAUGAACCAGAAGCAGACCCUGAGCUUAUGGAUGAGAACGACCAGAUGAGAUACUCAACUGAAGAUUUGAAUGAAAGAGAUGAUGGCUACUAUACAUUCCCGCCAGUGAGACCAUCAAGAGCAAAAAGAAAGAAAAAGCAACCAGAGACAGAGCCAGAGCCAAUUCCAUACAUAGAUGACAGUGUUAAUGCAAGUAUGCAAUUCAGUGAAGUAGAUUUAGAUUUAGCUGAUGAACAUCCAGAUGAACAGCAUAUAAAUGAGGAAAUUAAUGGUAAUCUAGGUACAAUGGAAUUAAAUAACCGAUUGGAUUUCACACCGGCAACAGAUUUGCACUCCAUACAUGAAUAUGCAAAUGAUGAUGUAAUAGAAUAUCCAGAGAAUACACCAAUUCAGUCACAAACUCUGCCCAUGCCGCCAAAAAGGAAAAAGAAGUUUACCAAACAGGACUUUAUGCAUUCAUCGUUGAAUGAUUUUAAAGAUCUAUCUUCAGCUGCUUUGUGGGAGGAGCCGAAAAAGCAACAAGACGACAUCAUCGUUUAUCGUACAGAACAUGAAUACAUCGUACCACAGGAACUGAACACUGUAACCGAACAGAGUCCAGUAGCGCCUCGUAGAAACAGAUCCAGAAGUUCACGCUGUACUUCAAUCUGUGACGACGACCGCACUUCUCAUGGAGCUGAGUCCCUCACAUUGGAUACACAUGUACCACAGAGUGAAGAUAUUGAAAUUGAAAGGGAAGUUCGACAUGAGAGCCCUGGAUACGCUACAGUAGAUAAGAGCGCUUAUGCACCGAGUAAAGCAGUCCGUAGAUCCAAGAGCAAGACUCCACCUGUUAGACGAAAAAAAAGUAAUAGCUCAGAACGUAAAUAUUAUACAGUAGGUUGUACUAAAACUGUUAUUCCUGAUCGCCCUCCGAGGAAGAAGUCCUCAACGAGCUUAAUGACAUUAGAAAGUUUUAAAAAGCGAUCGCUCAGUACUGAUCUUACUCAAUAUGUAGAAAUUGAUGAACCGCAACCAUUAGAAGAAAUUCACAAAGAUUUAAUAUCAGGUGAAGUAGUGAGUAAGAUGAAGGAUAGACCUCUUCCACCUCCACCUAGACCACCAAGGGGCCCAAAACGCAAAAAAAAAGAUAAAGAUGAAUCGGGAGUUGAUACAGAAUUUUUUACCGAGUUAUCCCAACCCUGUUACGUAGGUGUAGAAUCAAAAUUUGAAGAUGUUAUAGAAAUUGAGGUCUCGACUCAAACAGAUCCACUUCCAGACGAUGUAGAUUUUGAGCUAGGUAUGGAUGAAAAUCUGGAUGUAUCCAUGUCUAGUUCACUUAAAGAUUUCGUUGACGAGGACUCGGUAAUUGGUAAAUACCAAUCUAAACAUGCUGAAAGUCCACGUGUGUCGCGACCAACUUCACGUUCUGAAAAGUCAUUAAAAAUUUCAGAUCCAAAAAUUUCUGAAUUAUCAAAUAUAGGGCGUACAUCGCCUACUGUUAUAUUAGUAGAAAGACGUGUCUCUAGCCCCACAAGAAUUAAUGAACGUGAUGAAAUGUUAACUGAGGCCUCAUUAACAGUGCAACAUAUAGAUUUAGAUGAAUCGCAAAUUCCUGAUGUACCACCUUUGCCAAGAGCAAGAAGUACGCCCACUACAUAUCAAAGUCCUCGACAUAUUACACAAAUUUCUGAAGAAAGAGCACUUGAAAGAGUUGGUGAUUCUAAUAGAGAGAUUCAAUUGGAUAAUCUCGUAACACAACGUCUGCAAGUAAAAGAUUUAGAUGUUGGGAGACUCAAUGUGUCUGAACUUCAAGCAAGUAAAAUUUUAGUUUCAGAUAUAGAAGGAAUGACAUUACAAGUCGCAGAAUUAGACUCUAAAUCUGGACAUAUUUCUGUCAGUGGUAUAGAAUUUUCACAAACAGUGAUCGAUGAAAUUGUUAAAAAAUUUGCCGAAAUUUCUACUAAUCAAACUCUACAGCCAUCUCAGGUUUUUGAACGAACAGAACAUCCAAGAACUGUAAUCAGAGAAGAACAAACACAAACAGACGAACCAUCUGAAACAAAAACCGAUGAAAAAAUACUUACACAGGUGCAACCCGAAGUAAAACCAGAAACGAAAACAGUACACAUUAAUGAAGUAACACAAUCACCUUUGUCACCCCCAAGGCCGGCUAGUGCAGAUGAGUCGGUUGCGCCCCCACAACGACCACCACCACCCGACUUGACACCGCUGUUAUAUUCUUAUCUCCAAGAUAUUGCAAUACCUUCGUCAUCUUAUUUUCCGCCGAGAUCUUUUAGAGAUAGGCCGUAUCCUGAAUACCAUGACUCACAAUAUCCACAGUCACCUCCACCGCCUACAAGACGGGUGAAAAGAAAACCAGCUGCUCCACACACAGAGUCUAGUACUGAUGAGGAUAGACCUUGUCCUUCCCCUCGGAGAGUGCCUCCUGCUGUACGAACACAUGAGCCAACAAUUACGGAAGCAGGCGUACAAUUUCUACGUGUUUGUCAGAAUUCUGUAAGCAGAACUAUAAGAAACAUAUUCAACUCUCUUAUGGCAUAUAUUAAUAGAACUGAAGAUAAAAAAGAUGUUCAAAUGGCCUUGGUAAUAUUUUUAGUUUUAGUUGCUGGCUUACUAAUGUUUGGCCUGAGCGACAGCAGAGCUAUACAUCACCAUCAUUGGGAAUUCUUCAAUCCACCUGAUGGCAAGCAAUGAUAUCCUUGAGUAUCGAAUCCAGCAAAUCCGAUACUCAAGGAUUAUUUUAAUAAAUUAUUGUCUUUUUUAGACUGUUCUAAUUUACAUCUUAUAUUUUUGUUAUAAGGACUGGCUCUAUUGUUUAAAUAAUUAAUUAACGCAAUUUUUUACAACUAAAAUUGCUAGCUCAAGUUAACAAACUUGUAGGUAACUGCUAUGAAUUUGGGACACCUGUAGAUUUCUGGUACAUACAUAAUUUAGAUUACAAGCAUAUAAUCUCUGAGGAAUAAUAAUAGUAGCCCAUAAUGUACUCUCCAAGUAUAUUGUAUACUAUUUCAUUGCAUGUAUCAUCUUAUAUAGCCAUGUGUUAAAAAACUAUAUGAACACCUAAUGUGAGUAUCUAAUUUUUUAAAUCCUUUUUGUUUAUUGUUAAUAUUUUUGAAGGUAGGGUGUCAUUAUGUUUCAUUAAUACAUAUAUGUAAAUUCGUUGUCAGGUGUAAUAGUAUGACACGAGCUUGAAAAUUAUAAGCAUUUCGUGUAAGCCAGACUUUCCACUACAGUUUAUUUAACAGGAAUAUAUUAUGUGUUUUAAUAAUUAAUUUUAAGUUUAACUUUACCAUUGUAGAGUUUUUUAUUGUGUAAUGCAUUGUAAAUUUAAUUAACAGUUUUAUUUUUUAAAUUAAAAUGACAGAGCAUGUGAUUGUAGUUUAAUGUGAACGUUUUAUAUGGUUGAAUCUACAUUAUAAUAAUUUAAUUAUCUCUUUUAGUUAACAGAGUCUAUUAAUUUCUGUUAUUCAAAAUAAUAAUUAUAUCAGUUCCAAACCAAAGUUUAAAAAUUCAAACCAAACCAAUAAUUAGAGUUUGUGUUGAAUAGCUCUUUGUUAAAAAUUGCAUUAAAUGCGUAAAAAUGUGAAGUUCUUUGUUAAUCUGUUAAUAUUAGCAUUGAAUGCAUAUGCAUUAAAUGCAACAUAUGUAAUUAUUAUUUAGGUUAAAAAUUAAAAGUUGUUUAAGUAGGUAUGUAAUGUUAAGUAGAUAUUUAUUUACUUAUAUAAAUGCGGUUUAACUCUCAAUUAUUUCACCAGGAUUAUUCUUGGAUCUAGUCAAAAGCGAUUAUAAUAAAUUCAUAACUGAUUAUUAUUAUUAUACUUAUAAUAUUCUGUUUAUAGUUAUAAUUUUACGCUAUAUAAAACCAUUCAAUAUCUAAAGAAA